UGAACAUGUAACAUGCUUCCGGUUAGUAUAGCAGACAUGGCGAGUGCUCGUGGUUCUUCCAGGCGAGUGCCAGAUAAUGAAUCUUCUAUAGCCUAUGUACAAAUGGAUGGUUUGGCUGUCAUGAAAAUGAUAAAACAUAGUCAUGAAGAAUCGACGGGGAAUAUGGAAGUUGCACAAGGAGCUCUGUUAGGUUUGGUUGUUGAAAACUGCCUUGAAAUUACCAACUGCUUUCCAUUCCCAAAACAUAACGACGAAAGUAUGGAUGAAGAGGAAUACCAGCUAGCAAUGAUGCGACGUCUACGAAGAGUUAAUGUAGACCAUUUCCAUGUUGGUUGGUAUCAAAGUGCAGAUGUUGGAAACUUCCUUAGCUUGCCCUUAUUGGAAUCACAAUACCAUUACCAGACAUCUAUUGAAGAAUCAGUUGUUGUCAUAUAUGAUACCCAGAAGUCAGCUCGAGGCUUCCUUACGGUGAAAGCAUAUCGCUUGACUCCACAAGCAAUACAGAUGUAUAAGGACAAUGAAUUUACUCCAGAAGCCCUAAGAAAUCUUAAGAUUGGAUAUGAAAGUUUAUUCUUGGAAGUCCCCAUUGUUAUCAAGAAUUCUCAUCUUACGAACAUCAUGUUGUCUGAACUAGCAGAUAUGAUUCCGGAGGAAGAGGGAACUAAAUUCCUUGAUUUAGGAACAGCAUCUGUGCUGGAAGGCCAACUUCGCUGUCUUAUGGACAGAGUAGAUGAACUGAAUCAGGAAGCAAUAAAAUUCAACCGUUACCAGCAGCAGGUGAUUCGUCAGCAGCAGGAUAAACAUCGCUUCUUGCAGAAAAGGUCUCAAGAGAAUGCAGCCCGACAAGCCAAGGACGAACCACCCCUUCCAGAAGAAGAUCUGAACAAGUUGUUCCGCCCCAUACCUGUGCCACAACGUCUCAAUCCUAUGAUCGUGUCUGGUCAGAUCAACACAUAUAGCCAACAUAUUUCACAGUUCUGCUCCCAGUCUCUAGCAAAGUUGUACAUUACCCAGGCCUUACAGAAUGCUAAGGAGGGUAAAUCUGCUCCAUGAAUUAUGAAGUAAGAGAGCACAUUUCUAGGUUUCCUUGCAUGAUAAUAUUAUGUGAUGCAGAUACUCAACCUUUAAUUUGUUACUGGUUGUUACUUAUGACCAUCUGAACAUGUAGGACCUGCAUGAAAGCAAAAUAUGUAUUAUAAUUAAAAGUUCCUUAAUUUUUUACCUGGUAUCCUCUCUCCUUUUGAGCAAAUUUAGACUAAUUUUAAAGAGGGUGGCUAUUCUCCUCUGUGACCUAUGACUGAACACAUACAAGUUCAGCCAUCCCAAUAGUCAGGGGAGGUUUGGAACCCCUCCAGGCCCAUCUGUGACCUGUACUGCUCAUGGAUUGAUUGUGCAGACCGAUGGACAGGCUGAUACUAGUAGGUCCUCAGCAGAGAUGCAUACAAGCCCAAAAAUGUACUCGUUCUCUCCCCUCUUCUGCUCUGUACAAUAAUUUUAAUGUGUCUGGUUUUUCAGUAAGAACCUCUCUGUUCAGUGUUUUCUUCUGAGUAAAGCCUACAUUUUGCUUUCCACAGAACCCACCUACCUGCUUGAGAAAUUACUUCCUUAUGCAAAACUGAUAGAAGACAAUUUAAUGGUGGAUGCUUACCUGUAAUGUGGAGCCCAUCCAUUAUUCUUAUCAUACUCCAACGAAAGUCUUAAUUUUGGUUUAUGAAUCAUCUUGGCUAGUUUUAUAUGUUAUAUUGUGGAUGCAUUUUUGACUUUUAUUACUUUCGCCAUCUUCAAUAAUUCCACUCUAAUGUGACAAAAGAAAAAGCUGUAGCUUCAACAGCUCUGUUCUCUAGUUGUGGAGUUAAUGUUUGUUUCCAGCUUCAUCCUCCUCAAAUAAGGAGACAUAUACUCUUAUUUUUCUGCCCUUACUUACCUGACCCCCAGUUUCUUAUCUUUACAUAUACUGAACAUAUACCCAUCUUUCAGCCAUUGUCAUCUUAUUCUCAGAAAGUGGAAUCAAUUGUAGCAAGAAACAAAUUGAUGGAAAGUAACCCCCAACACUGACAAAGUUUGUACUGCUGCAUCUUUUAAAAGAGAAUAGAUGUGGUUGGCACAGUACUUAAUUUAUGAAUACGUACCAAAAGGUAUUUGUGCAUGCAGUACGCAGUGGUGAAUGACAAAAGCAUAAUUUAUAUAUUUUGUGUCCAUUCAAAAUUCUAUGCUGAAACAAAAAUUAUUUUCAUGUGGUAUCAGUGAUGGUGUGCAAGUGUAGUUAUGUGGAUGUAGAGAAGUGUUGAAUAUUGGGGCUGUUUCUGCAUUGACAGAAAAGUAAUAAAAGAAAUCAGCAAGGACAUAUUCAAAGUCAGUGUAUUCUAUGCCAUUAAAAAUACACUUUAUAUGUAAAAAAAAUGUCUUUUAUUAGUACAUAAUUUCAUAAGAGGACAUAAUUACCACACAAGUCAUUACCAUAUGCAUCUUACAUGUUACUGUGUUUCCUGUAGCCUCAGACCAAGUUGACCAUUUUCUCAUCCCAAGUAACAAAAUGUUAAUAUAUUCAAUUUAUUUAAUGCAACAACAGAGCAAAUCUGAUCUGUAACUUUGUCUGUUUAACAAAUUUUUUAAAAUAUAUAAAUAAGGCCUAAGAACUGCAUGAUUUUGAAUGCAUUCAGUGUUUAUGCACUUAGUUCUUCAUUCUGGGAGGUAGUUUUAUAAAAAAAGUUUAUGUUAUUACCUCUUUGCUUAUGAAAUAGUUUCUCACUAUUUUAACACUCAUACACCAUUAAGUCAGCAACCUCCAAACAUAAAAUUCAGUCAUUCAGUACCCAUAUAUGUUCUAGACUACAUACAUAUCGAGAGACAAUGUAGAAGAUACUGAGAAUUAUUGAAUCAUGGAUUACUGGAUACAUCUCUUAGUAUAACAAAGAAGUAGUUCUGUAAAAGCAAAUAUGUACAAAUAUAUCUUGCAUGUGAUGUCAGUGGUGGAAAAUGGAUGAUACUGCAGUAAAAUAUUUUAUGUUGAUAUUGUAUUGCUCAAGAGAGUCAGGGUAGCUCACCCAGGAUAGUGAUAGGCUACAGGCUGGAUGAUGGCGGUUCAAUUCCUGGCAGGGGCAAGGAUUUUCUCCGCCACCAUGAUUGGCUGUGGAACCCAGUCACCCUUCUGUCCAGAGGGUACCAGGAGUUUUUCCCUGGGGGAAAAGUGGGCAUUGUAUGAAGGCAUAUAUUCACCUCUAUGUAGUGCUGAAUGUCUGGACUUGUACGUACUUGUACAUCCCCUCAUUUGUUUUCAAGGCAUGGUUCUUAACAGUGCUAAAGGAUAUAUCCUAAUCAUAUGGAAUUUAGUUAAGCAAGUGGACAACAUUAUCUUUGUAACACAGAUUGACAAUUUUAUUUCAUCAUGUAAUCAUUUAUUUUCUGUAUCUGCAGUUAUCAGUUUCAAUUUAUGUGACCUCUUUCUAAUGAUAAAAAUCUGUUUUAUUUGUAUGCUUUUGUAUGAUAAUAAAAUAAAGUCGUCAUCUAAUCUUCACAGUA